AAUUGGGAUAUUGUGGUCAUUCUCUAAACACCGGGGGAGCUGCGGGUUUUUUUCCAGCCCAAACCGGGGACUCAUGGCGGCGCACACUAUGCUAUUCCUCCCUUGGUAGAUCCGUUGAACGGCGGAGAUUCGCUGAUUCCAUUUUUGCGUGUAAGUUCGAUUUCUCGUUACUAAUCUUUUCUGGGUAACCAGUGGCUUUCUUCUUCAUCAUUUCUCUGCUGUGUCUUCUGUUUGUAGCUGUUGAAGAAGAAAACAUUAGUGGAAGGUAGUGAAAUCUAUGAUAUUUCAUGGCUAGAGCUCCAUCUUCUAUUGUGAUUUUCCUUCGCCAAAGCCCUUAUAGUACCCUCCAAAACUCUAGUACCCAAAUCCGAAAACUUACUGUAGAACCUAAAUAUUUUGAAUUUACUAAUGAAGGAAUUAAGCCAAAUCAGAAUCACGAAGUCCCUCAGAGCAAGGACCAACAUUUCACUGAUAUAGUUAGAGAAGUUACUCUGAUUAUGAGAACUAAAUCCAAAUGGGAGCAAAGUCUUUUGUCGGAUUUUCCUUCUUCCAAUUUUUCCGAUCCCCAAUUCUUUCUGCAGCUUUUGAAGCAACAAAACGAUGCUUUUCUCUCACUAAAAUUCUUUCAUUGGCUACGUUCACGUUCCAAUUUUGUGCCUGACCAAGUUUCCUGCAAAGUGCUUUUUGAUUCUCUUUUGGAGGCGAAUGCUUGCAAUGCAGCAAAAUAUUUUCUUGAAGUUUCGGGUUUUAUUCCUGAGCAGGGUUCUUUAGAGCGUUAUAUAUGUUGUCUUUGUGAUGGUGGAAUGGUUCAAGAUGCACUUGGCGUGCUUGUGAGGUUUAAAGACGUUGGAAUUUGCCCAUCAAUAGUGACAUGGAAUUCAGCUUUACGGGGUUGUCUUAGUAUUGGGAAGACUGAUCUUGUUUGGAAAUUGUAUCAUGAUAUGUUAGAAUCUGGGCUUGUGGCUGAUAUUGAGACUGUUGAAUAUCUUAUUCGAGCCUUUUGUUCUGAUGGUCAAUUUAUGAAGGGUUAUGAACUUCUAAGACAGGUUUUAGAAAAUGGGUUAGUCCCUAGAAAUAUUGCUUUCAAUGCUUUGAUAUCUGGGUUCUGUAAGCAGAAGAAUUUUGUGAGAGUGUCUGAGCUUCUUCACACAAUGAUUGCCAAGAAUUGUGCUCCUGAUAUUUAUACUUAUCAUGAAGUCAUCAAUGGACUCUGUAAGAAUAAAAUGUUGCUUGAAUCUUUAAGGAUUUUUUAUGAUCUUAAGGAUAGAGGUUAUGCCCCGGAUAGGGUCAUGUAUACAACGAUAAUUCAUGGACUUUGUGAGAAGGGAUGGCUUCGUGAUGCUCAAAAGCUUUGGUUUGAGAUGAUCAAUAUGGGCAUUCUUCCUAAUGAAUACACUUAUAAUUCACUGAUUAAUGGGACUUCUAAGAGGGGAUACUUUAAAGAGGCUAUGAAACUCUAUGAUGAGAUGCAUGACAAAGGUUAUGGAGAAAACACUGCAAGUUACAAUGUGAUGAUUUCAUGUUUAUGCCUACAUGGAAGAACAAAUGAGGGAUUUGAAUUAUUUGAAAAAAUGGCACAAAAAGGAAUUAGUCGUGAUGUGAUAUCAUAUAAUGCUGUGAUUAGAGGCUUUUGUGAAAAGGGGAAGAUAGUUGAGAGUAAAAACCUGUUAAAUGAGCUACUGGCACAUGGCAUACAGCCAUCAACCUCAUCUUAUUUUCCCCUUAUUAAGAAGUUAUUUGAAGUGGGAGACAUGAAAGAAGCGAAACGGUUGUGGAAUGAUAUGCAGAACAAGGGUCUGAAGCCAAAGGCCCAUCACUAUGAUAAUUUCAUUACUGCAUUGUGUAUACAAGGUCAUGUAAUAGACGGGUUGGAUUGGUUAGCUGUUAUGCUGAAGAAUAAACUCAGACCAGAGAAGGCAACUGUUAAGAGAUUAAUUCAGUGUCUUUCACAGUAUGAAAGGGUCUCUAUUAAGUCUCAAGACAGGUCAUGCAGAGGUUAGUCUACCAAGCAUUGUAUGUAUUCUACCGCCUGCCAGGAGAGGAGAGAACAAAUUGUGAAGGUAAAUCUUGUUGAAACAAAUAAGGUGUUUAGUAGGCUUAAAGCCUGCAAAUGAUGGAUAUGUUUUUGAAAAACAAUGUUGUGGAAUGUUGAAAGCUGGAGGAGCUUAAGCUCUGCAUCUCCAUCCAUGGCUUGUACUUAUUGUAACUGAGGUUCAGAAAGACCCAGAAAGGGGAGAGUUGGAACUUAUUGCCUAUGGCAGUGAAUACCAUUGUACCAACAGCUUUUUAGUCUUAUUAAUCUAUUUUGUACGUUGAGACAUAA